GGUGGCCGCUGCGCGUUUGCGGAGCGUCCAGCGGCCACCGCAACCGGUUGCUUGAGGCCGGCGUGGCGGCGUGCGCAGGGCCUCCCCGCGCCGCGCGAGAGCGGGCAGUGGGCUCGCCGGGGAGCCGCUGCUCGACCCCUGCCGCCCUGCUCGGGGCCCGACCCGCCUCUCGGGAGGUCGGUGAGCGUUUCGAUUUCUGUUCUUGAAGUCUCGUCUUGGACCCUGCAGAGGAGGCUGCAGGCAGGCGAGAAGCCUGUCCUGAGAAGCAAGGCCUGCUCGGUGGGGAGCAGAAACGCCUGUGCGAGCAGACAUAAAUUCCCGCGGAAAGAGGAUGUAUGCUAAGUUUUUCGCAAGAUGUCAGCGGUUCCCUGGGGUCUGAAACUAAGCCGGAAAGCACAGGUCCCCUCCGGGUCUUGUGCGGGGAGGGAGGCAGGACACCCCUGGCAGAGACAGGAGUUUUCCGGAGCCGGGGCUUAUUCCCGGCGGGUCCCGCGAAGCCACGCUGGUGAACGGCCCCCAGCGAUGAUGUUUCCCGAGUCCGACUUAGCGCUGUAGUUGUGAGAACCAAGUGACCAUCAGAGAGAUUUGAAAGGAAAUAAAAUGGAUUUUGUCAAUCCCUGCCUGUGCCUUGUCCUCUUGAAUCACAUUUUUUAAGAUGUCACACUCUAUCGCAUCGCAAGUUUAAAAUGCCUGAAGAUAGAAUUGUUCAUUUCCCAGCUGUCUUGAGAGGAGGAAGGAAGACGUUUACACUUUGGGCUCGUUGGCCUGGUGUUUUGAGGGAUACGUUGAAUCCUUCUAGGCCACAGCACUUCCGUUUAGACCCUUGGAUGCCCAUUAAACAGAUGCUUGAGACCUGCAAGUAACCUUCAGAUCAUAGCAGAACCAUAAGGCCAGUCCUUUGUGUGGGGAGGAGAUAACCCAUGUGCUGUGGAAAUGAACGGGGAGCAGCAGCUUGAUGCAGAUGCUGGAUCUGGUAUGGAAGAAGUGGAAUUAAGCUGGGAAGAUUAUCUAGAAGAGACAGGGUCCACAGCAGUUCCCUAUGGGUCUUUUAAACACGUGGACACUCGUUUGCAAAAUGGAUUUGCUCCUGGGAUGAAACUGGAGGUGGUUGUGAAAACAGAUCCUGAAACCUACUGGGUUGCCACAAUCAUUACCACCUGUGAGCAGUUGCUCCUUCUCCGCUACGACGGCUAUGGGGAGGACCGGAGAGCAGACUUCUGGUGUGACAUUAGGAAAGCUGGCCUCUACCCCAUUGGGUGGUGUGAGCAGAAUAAGAAGACCCUUGAAGCCCCAGAAGGCAUCAGAGAUAAAAUGUCUAAUUGGGAUGAGUUUCUGCGGCAGACCCUGAUGGGAGCUUGUAGUCCUCCUGUUUCGCUGCUAGAGGGCCUUCGUAAUGGGAGGAAUCCUUUAGAUCUCAUUGCUCCAGGAUCCAGGCUAGAAUGUCAAGCUUUCCGCGACUCUUUAAGCACUUGGAUUGUUACUGUAGUAGAGAACAUCGGGGGGAGGCUGAAGCUACGUUAUGAAGGACUUGAAAGUUCCGACAAUUUUGACCAUUGGUUGUAUUACUUGGAUCCAUUUCUUCAUCACGUUGGUUGGGCUGCCCAACAGGGAUAUGAGCUUCAGCCCCCAUUAGUCAUCAGACAUCUGAAAAAUGAAGCUGAGUGGCAAGAGAUCUUGGCCAAAGUGAAAGAGGAGGAGGAAGAGCCAUUGCCAUCUUACUUAUUUAAGGACAAACAAGUGAUCGGCACUCAUUCAUUCUCUGUAAAUAUGAAAUUGGAAGCUGUGGACCCCUGGUCUCCUUUUGGGAUUUCUCCUGCUACAGUUGUUAAGGUUUUUGAUGAGAAGUACUUCCUGGUAGAAAUGGAUGAUUUGCGACCAGAGAAUCAAGCACAGCGAUGUUUUGUGUGUCAUGUCGACAGUCCUGGUAUUUUCCCCGUGCAGUGGAGUCUGAAGAAUGGUUUACACAUCAGCCCCCCUCCUGGCUACCCGAGCCAGGACUUUGAUUGGGCCGACUACCUCAAACAGUGUGGUGCUGAAGCUGCUCCCCAGAGGUGCUUCCCUCCGUCAAUUUGUGAGCAUGAAUUUAAGGAGAACAUGAAGCUUGAGGCCGUGAACCCUCUUCUUCCCGAAGAAGUGUGUGUUGCCACCAUUACUGCUGUGAGAGGCUCAUAUCUGUGGCUCCAGCUGGAGGGUUCUAAGAAGCCCAUACCUGAAUGUAUUGUAAGUGCGGAAUCCAUGGAUAUAUUUCCUUUGGGCUGGUGUGAAACCAAUGGCCAUCCGCUCAGCGCUCCUCGCCGAGCACGAGUAUUCAAGCAGAGGAAAAUUGCAGUGGUUCAACCAGAAAAACAAAUACCAUCUUCGAGGACUGUCCAUGAGGGCCUGAAGAAUCAGGAGCUGAACUCCACAGACUCAGUUGUGAUUAAUGGAAAAUACUGCUGUCCAAAGAUAUACUUCAACCACCGUUGCUUCUCAGGGCCUUAUCUUAACAAAGGAAGAAUUGCUGAGCUGCCUCAGUGUGUAGGACCUGGGAAUUGUGUUCUGGUCCUUAGAGAGGUCCUCACUUUACUUAUCAAUGCAGCCUAUAAACCCAGCCGUGUCCUUCGGGAGCUGCAGCUAGACAAAGACUCUGUGUGGCACGGAUGUGGGGAAGUCCUAAAAGCCAAGUACAAAGGGAAGAGUUACCGGGCUACUGUUGAGAUAGUGAAGACAGCAGAUCGAGUGACGGAAUUCUGCCGGCAAACCUGUAUCAAACUGGAGUGCUGUCCUAAUCUCUUUGGCCCACGGAUGGUUCUGGAUAAGUGUUCUGAAAACUGCUCUGUACUUACAAAGACCAAAUAUACACACUAUUAUGGAAAGAAGAAAAAUAAAAGAAUUGGGAGGCCACCUGGUGGGCAUAGUAACUUAGCAUGUGCCCUGAAAAAAGCCAGUAAGAGGAGAAAGAGGCGGAAAAAUGUUUUUGUUCAUAAGAAGAAACGCUCCUCUGCAUCUGUUGAUAAUACCCCAGCGGGCUCUCCCCAGGGAAGUGGGGGUGAAGAUGAAGAUGACCCAGAUGAAGGAGAUGAUGAUUCCCUAAGCGAGGGCAGUACAUCUGAGCAGCAGGACGAGCUACAGGAAGAGUCAGAAAUGUCGGAAAAAAAGUCCUGCUCUUCCUCUCCCACCCAAAGUGAGAUAUCCACAUCACUCCCUCCAGAAAGACAAAGGAGAAAAAGAGAGCUUCGCACUUUUUCAUUUUCUGAUGAUGAGAAUAAACCUCCUUCGCCAAAGGCAGUAAAGAUGGAAGUUGCUGAAAGGCUUCACCUGGACAGUAACCCCCUGAAGUGGAGUGUGGCAGACGUUGUACGGUUCAUCAGAUCCACCGACUGUGCUCCAUUAGCAAGAAUAUUCCUAGACCAGGAAAUUGAUGGUCAGGCCCUGUUGCUCCUUACCCUUCCCACCGUUCAAGAGUGCAUGGACUUAAAAUUGGGCCCUGCCAUCAAACUUUGUCAUCACAUAGAGAGGAUCAAGUUUGCUUUUUAUGAGCAGUUUGCCAACUGAGAAGGACAACCAAAGUGAGCUGUAUCUUUGAAGCACAAAUGCAGCAAAUCCUUUGCCGUGCUCUACAAACAGAGCUGAAAUAGUCCUGGGGCCCUGGGCACUGCAGGUGUCGGCUUGCUCUCUUUGCACUUUCAGGGAAGGAGGACCCACACUAAGGAAGCAAAAACUGCACAGAAGUGGCUCUCCUGCCAGUGGAAAUGUGGGCAUCUCUUGUUCAGCAAAUUGCAGUUAAAAAAAAAUUGUGAAGAAAAGAUUCAUAUAAGAAGAAUAAGCGUUUCCAGUGGUGUGGCCUGAAAAUGAAGAAGAAUCUAGGUUGCUGGCAAGCAUCCUUUUGGUUGUUUUCUUUUGUUCUGUUCCUUCCCAUUGUAGAUUGAACUUUGUUCUCUGCUUCCUCUUUCUUGGAAAGAGAGGACAUAGCUUUAAGUCAGCACUGAUUUGGGACUAUGCCUAAGGCACAUCAGUGCUUCAUUGUCAUUGUGUUUUUAAGAUUUUUUAAAUUAAAACAGUUCAUUUUGGGGAUGAUUAUGUGGCUCUAGGGUUUUGAAUGUACAGUCACACUUUGAUCCAUUUUAAAAUCUAUUCUUAGGAGUUCCUUUGUUUACUACCUCUGUUGAUAAUUGAGCUUACAGCCAUGUAUGAGGGUUUUUGUAUGAUGCCAUUUUUAAGCUACAUGAACACUAAAACUAUGACAGAAGUUGGAGGAAAAAAACACUGUUUGCUUUCUUAAAAACAUUAUGUGAGCACUGACACCAGUUCCUUAACUGACCUGAUCUAAAAACUCUAUUGUCAUUGUUUUCCAUCUUGACCCAGCUUGGACUCUCUGUUUUAAGUAGUUUCUCAAAGAUUCUUGGUAUUUCAGUUUAAUUGCUCUCUCCCCAUUAGUUUUCAAAGCGACUUCAGUGGCUUUUAUUUUGUGUUUACCUUCUUUACAGUUGUUUGUCUGUUUCAUUUUGGGAGUCCUCACUUUGGGUUAAAAUCUGUAGGUGUUCCUUGGACCCACAGUAAAGCCCAUUUCCCCUUUUUCUCGGUGUUCUCCAGGCAGAUAGUGUAGAAGCACGACAGAGAAAAUGUGUUUGGGGGGUGGUGCAGAGCAUGGAGUUUCUGUAACAGUGUGCUCUCAGUAGCAGAUAAAGAUUGAGAGGUGGUUAAAGAUUUUGGAAACCUCUUUGCAUAGUCACAUUUACACUUCUCUUUGGUUAAACCUUUAAAUUGAAUGUAAUCUACGGUCUGAGGAUUCCCACCAAUAACUCAGUUUUCCUUUAGGUGUUUCUUUAGACCCAGCUCAAGCUGAUAUGAAACUACAGGUGAUUUUCAUUGAUGAUUGCACUGGUGGCUAUUAUAGAAUAGUAGCAUUUGCUGUACUGUUCCAGCCAGGAGGAAUGACAAAAGACACAUACAUAGAUAGCUUCUUUUAAAUGGUUUGCUUUGCUGAGUGUUUUUGUUUUUUGUUUUUUUUAAUUAUCCUAGCCACCUGCAAAUUUAUAACCUAAUCAUUCUUCUUCAAGAUUUGAAAAUGUUUUAAGACUACAAGCUGGGCAAAUUCUAAACAACUAUACAAAUAUAAGGUAAUAUUACAAAUUUAAAUUGAUUGUGAUUUUUUUCCUUUUUUCCCCCCACCCCCAAUUGUUUUUAUGGACAUUGGCAAAGAUUGUAUAGUCCGGGUCCUCUCUUCAUUGGAUAUAUAUGAACCACCUUAACUCAAGCCCUCAACCAAACCAUACAUUAAGCAUCAACUCUUUGCUUAGGUUAGUAUCAGACAGACCUGGAAAGAAGCUUAAUUUAAGUAAAAGUUAAUAUGUUUGAACUUACUCAGAGAUCCAGUUUUUAAAAAUUUGACUCUCUGCUCAUAGAAGAGAAGCAUAUAUAAGAUGCUUGAGAACAAUUAGUGUUAAGUAGAUAGACUUUUGGGGGGGUUUUCUUGCAUGAUAAAAUUUCCUGAGAGCUCAGCUGUCAAGGCACUAAGCCAAAGAGGGUUCCUUGAAGAAGACCAGUGGAACAAAAAAGUCUAGAAUUAAUUAACAUUGUUGUCUUACUUAGGAAAAUGAGUUUUAUUUACUAUAAGAGGGAAUUUGCCAAAUGCAACAAUGAAUAUGUUAUAUUGUUUCUCUUUUUGACUUCUUCAGAAACCAUAGAAUUUAGAACACCUCCCUUUACAGUUGAAGGGGGCAAAGCCCCUGGAAGGUGAAACACGUGGCCCCUGAGUAGUCUGAUCUGGGUAUAGGUAGAGCCCAACUGGCUCGUCUGUCCAUACCAUGAUUAUUCCAGCUCAGCUUUCUCCUAAAAAGAAGCUGACUCUAAAUAAACAAGUAAGUUGGGUUUCCCUUAAUAUUUCUUGGAUUUUCCCACAACUAGAAGGACGUGCAACUAAGAUAUACAACUGUGUACAGAGGGGGUUUGGGGAGAUAAAGGAGAAAAAAAAAAUUUCUUGGAUUCUCAUCCUGAGAUACAGUUUAUCAGGCAACUGCAUUAAAGAAGACUUAUAUACCCCAACCCCAUUCCCAGAUAUUACAUGAGAGAGAAUAAUUAGCAAUUUGGCACAGGGCAUUUUUUUUAAGUAUAAAAUUUAGAUUUCGUUUGCCUCAUAAAGCUACUGGGGCUAGGCAGGACAGCAGUGACAGUCUGAUUCUGAAGCAUAUUUUAAGCUUGACAGUAGCUCACUAGUGGUGUUGGGGUGAAAAGUUUGUAUGUCAUACAUGGGUAGAUUAACUUUGUUUUUUAAAGGUACCAACCUCUUAAAUUUACGAGAAGUGCAUUGUGAGGGACUGCAUUUGUCUGAAUUUUACUUUCAGCUGACCCCACAGCCUGCCUGAGGUGAGAAAGUUUUCCGUGAACCAUUUUUGAUCCUGAAUUGACAAGCUUGGAAACAGGUGAAUGGACUAGACCAUUCUCCUGAACCUUGAAGUGACUGACCAUAUUAGCCUGUUACUGCUCUGUUGGAGUGUUAGGGAAACCUUUUACUGCACAUGAAGAUUUACUGUGAAAUUCUGACUAUAUUUUGUGGGCUUCUGGGAACUAUGCUAUUUUCCUUCGUAAAGUUCCUUCCUCCUUCUCAGUUGAAGCAGCAUUGCAGUGGCUAAUGCAAGGAAUGCAUUAAGGGGGGCUUUUACCCAUCUGCUUUUCUUUAGCAAUGUGGGUGGCUUCCAGCAUCUAUAUUAUAGAUAGAUGAGGUCAGGCAAGGGUACUUACCAACCUCUUGAAGAGAUGGGCUUUUUGGUAAAUAUUUAUUGAAUUGUGAUAGAGGCAGACAUAGAAAACCAGUUCACAAGUUGGCCUCUGUAUGCCUCUUUUGAAAGUAAAAUUAUUCUCACUGUGAGAGAGAGGGCAUUGGACCAAAGCUUCCUGAGGACUUGAAUACAUGUUACUCACUCUUUUAUACCAAUUCAGUCACUAAUGUGGUAACUGAAUACAAAUUAAAAGCUUUAGGAGACUUUAGGUAGGGUAGGACUCAGAACCAUUCCCCUCUCUCAAGCCAAAAAGCAUUUCUGUGGGGCACACAGAACAUUAGGGAAUUGUUAACAGUAGAUAAGAUUUAUCUAGAUGGAGACAUUAGGAAAACUGUCACAGGUAUUUAUUUACUUGGCACCUAUCACCAAAGACUGUUAUAUAUAAAACACCAUUUACUGGUCUGAUUGAUGCCCACAGAAGCUCUGAGAGAGUUGUUAGGAGCUUAGUUUUGACAGUUUAAACACACACUGGGUUUGAACUCUGGUCCUGUAUAUUGGGGAUGUUGUAUGUGUGGGUGUGUGAGUGUGUGUGUAAGUAAGUUCAAACGUGUUCUGUGUUAUCAGUUGGCCUUAUGAAAAUGAAGGAGAAGACAUCACUAACAAAUGAAGUAUAAAUCUUGGUGGGAACCAGGUACCCCCUUUUAAAAUUUGAUUGUCUGUGGUCCUGGGUCCACUAUAAGUAACCAUGUCAUGGUCAUAGUGCUGGCUCAGAAACUCUGUAGGACAGAGCUUCCUGCAAAACCAAAAAGAAAUCAAUCACUUUCAUGCAAUUAUAAUCCUUCCUUGAAUUUAUUUACGAUGUUUGCUAGUGAAUUUUAAUGAUUCCCACCUGUUAUGUGAGAAUGUGCAUACUUUGGAAAUUUGAAUUUAUCCAAAUAAGCCACCUAUGGACUUGAAGUUUUGGCAGAAGAGUUCCAAACUCAAAGCCCAGUCCAAAUGGAUCUGGUUCCAAGCCUGCUCUCUUGGGGUUUCCUCUGUAUUUGUUCCAGACCACACUGGUAGCUUGUUUCUGAGGGCAGCCUUAGGGGUAAAUGUAUAGAAGGUGAUGGGUGGUAAAGGCACUGGAGAUUGAUUUUCUUGGUUCUGGUGUUUCAGUUAAGUCUAAGAGUCUCACAAGCAUCAGCAAAACCAGGAGUGGGGGUUGGGGGAAUGGAGAAAUAGGCCUAAAACUCCCUCCUCUUAUAUCUUUUCUGACAACACAUUUUUUGGGUUUGUCUUGGUGCUGUGGGCUAUCACAAAGGACUGUUUUAAAAGGGAAAUAAGCCACAGCCUUGCCAGACAAGUCUUCAACACUAGCAGUAGAGUGUGGACCCUAAGCCAUGGAAGGCAAGGGUUUACAACUACUUCUGGAGGCAAAGGAUGAUAUGACUAGUGAAAUGAUGCUGAUGGAGGGAGCUUGUCAGGAUGUACGGAAACUCAGUCCUAAGGGUUUCUACUUGGUUUAGUCAAUCUAACUACAUGCCUAGUUUGGCAGAAUGGAGGUGGGUAAAUAGUGUUGAAAGGAUGAGGGUAGGCUUUGGGGCAAAUCAAGUCCAAAGCAGAUGAUUGAUGGUGGUUACAAAGUUUAGACAAAGUUAAAACUGGGCAGUUCCUUAACUCUUUUUGCAAGAAGUCUCUAGGGAAGUGCAGUUUGAAUGGUUCUCUUGAGAUUUUAAAGUGCUCAUUUCUUUUCCUCUUCCUUUCUUCCUUUUUUUGGUUAAAUAGUCUCUAAAGACAAUCAGAGGCCUGCGAGGGUAGGAUUUCUGGCUGGUUCCAGCACUGUCCUUAGGCCUCUUUCUAAUACUAACUCGUUGAAACUGAUGCACUUUGUUUAAUGUAUGUUAUCUUUUUUUUUAAGCUGCUUGUUUGGAACAAAAUGAAAUGCAUAUUGCAUUGUAUCCUUCCUGCUUGCUGUUUUUCUCUUAAUUUUAAAAGUUAUGCAUUGAGGAUAAAGUAUACUUAAGGAGAAAUAUGCACAAGCAUACCUAUUAAAAUAACCCCCAUCAAGUUUGAUGGUAUAACUUCAAGGGAUUAAAAAAUAACUAUUUUGGAUGAGUA